UGUUAAAGUCAUGCGAGCAUAAUCUACGUAUUAUUUCACUUUGCCUUAAAGAUGUCAGAAAAAAUCGUUUAUACGCACUCGUCUAAAACCCCCAUUUUGGUUUCAAUAGUAAUGAUACUUUUAUGCUGUGGUGAGUUUCUUCGGAUUGAGUGGGUCGUAAACGAGCAAGCGGUACGACUUGGUCAGGUUGAGAAAACGAUGACAUCAACACAAAGCAACAGGAAAGCAAACAUCGAUGAUCUCCUUUCCUCGACAUGUAAACAAGAAAUUGUCCAAAUGAAGUUUAUGCUAUUUGCUCAAAUUUCAAGAAUGAAGACAAUGGAAAGAGAAGUGACUUCUUUAAAGACAAAGAACGCGAGAAAAACUGACCAUGUGUCCCAAAGAGAGAAUCGACAAGCGAAACCGGAAGAGGCUCACAAAAUUUCCAAGCGAAGCAUUGGAGCUCCUUUACCAGCUAUAAUGAACAAUACACAAAAAUCGCUCCAAGAACAAAUUACUAAAACAAUUCAUCAAGAGGUUGGUAAAGCCGUGUCUAAGCUACAAUCUGCGAGAUACUGGAUUCCUAUUCCAGGCCCUCCCGGUCCACAAGGAGAGAAAGGACAGAAAGGUGAUGUAGGGACAAAAGGACCACGUGGACCAAGAGGAAAGUUUGGGAGAAGAGGCAAACGAGGUCCACGAGGUCUUAAAGGUGUUCCGGGWGAGCCUGGAGCUCYUGGUCCCCGAGGCAUGCCAGGAUUGAAGGGGGACCCUGGUCCUUCCCUAGCAGCACCAUCAGUAAUUAUUUCGCCUUCAAAAUUGGUUAUUAAUGAAAAUCAUCUCGCCAUUUUGGUUUGCUCUGCCUCUGGAUACCCGCGACCUGUUAUUACAUGGAGCAAAGCAAAUGGCUCUUUACCGAAAGAUAGAUUUACUGUCGACAACAGCGGAAAACUUAAGCUAACUAAUGUGACUUCAGAUGAUAGUGGCACUUAUCAAUGCAAAGCUACCAACAUUUUUGGUAGCGAACAAAGCCGAUCAACAGUUGAAGUAAACUUUAGACCUCGAGUGACAUUGGCCAUUGGACCAGUUAUUAAAAAGAUAGGCACUGACAUUGUUUUGCCAAAAUGUCACGCAACCGGAAGUCCUAAACCAAAAAUUACGUGGUCAAAGUCAGUUGGUUCACGAGGCAUGCCAGGAUUGAAGGGGGACCCUGGUCCUUCCCUAGCAGCACCAUCAGUAAUUAUUUCGCCUUCAAAAUUGGUUAUUAAUGAAAAUCAUCUCGCCAUUUUGGUUUGCUCUGCCUCUGGAUACCCGCGACCUGUUAUUACAUGGAGCAAAGCAAAUGGCUCUUUACCGAAAGAUAGAUUUACUGUCGACAACAGCGGAAAACUUAAGCUAACUAAUGUGACUUCAGAUGAUAGUGGCACUUAUCAAUGCAAAGCUACCAACAUUUUUGGUAGCGAACAAAGCCGAUCAACAGUUGAAGUAAACUUUAGACCUCGAGUGACAUUGGCCAUUGGACCAGUUAUUAAAAAGAUAGGCACUGACAUUGUUUUGCCAAAAUGUCACGCAACCGGAAGUCCUAAACCAAAAAUUACGUGGUCAAAGUCAGUUGGUUCAUUGCAUAAGACCCGUGCCGUUAUCAAAGAUGGACAAUUGUCUUUGUUUAGAUCUAAGAAAGAGGAUUCUGGGACAUAUUUGUGCAAAGCUGAGAAUCGUGUCGGUUCCGUUAUCAAACGAACAAUUCUUAUUGUUGUUGAGCUACCGAGAUUCACUGUUACACCUCCUUCAUCUUACGGCACCCUUCCUGGAAAGACUAUUCACUUGAAUUGUAGUGCUGCAGGAGAACCUAAACCAGUCAUUACAUGGAGAAGAGAAAAUGGUGUUCUUCCUAUUGGCAGGCAUGAAGUAAGAGAUGGUUCUUUGAUCCUCAAAGAUUCCAAAACAACAGAUUCGGGUGUGUACAUUUGUACUGCAACAGGUGCUGGUAUGUUUAAGGAAGUGUCCAGGUCGACAGUUAAGGUGCUUCCGCGCUGCCCAGGGUUGAAUGUAUCAGCAGACAUGCUUAUAAAUACGACAUUCAGUCCAAGUGGUUCAUGGCAUCUUGGUUCUGUUCAGUCUUAUUUUGUCGUUUAUAGUGGCGAGUACAUGAUUCGAGCGGGAGGAGCUCGUGGAGGAACUCAUAAGUAUAACCAUGGCUGGAAACCUGGCACGUACUAUGGCGGCAAGGGGGCGACAAUGGAAGGAAAAUUCAACUUAAAGGCCUGCACAAGAAUCAACAUUGUUGUUGGACAACGAGGAGGAAAUUCAGUAGAACUGAAUGGGGGAAAAAAGUCUACUCAAACUGCAGAACAGCUGGGACUAUCGGUUGAAGAUAAUGCUGGGACGGGCGGGGGCGGUGGAAGUUUUGUAUAUACAACAGAGAAUAAGCUAUUGCUUGCCGCUGGGGGUGGGGGAGGGGCCUCUUCAGGCUAUAACGGCGUUGAGGGUCAAUCAGGAACUGCAGGAUCUUCCAGCAAUGGAACAACUUCCUCGAAAUCACGUGCGGGAGGAGCUAAUGGUAACCCGGGCAUCUGUAAUUCUGGUGGUGCUAGUUAUCACGGAGGGGUAGGGGCGGGAUGGAAUGGUCAAGGAUGCAAAAGAAAAGGGGUACAACAUGGUGGGCCUGGUGGGUCACGUGCCCAAGGUUGGGUGGGAGGUCAAGCUGGUAAGAUGAACAGUGGGUCUAACGGAGGUCCUGCUCCAGGUGCAGUUGGAGGAUAUGGUGGCGGAGGUGGUGGCUCCGAGGAUAAUGGCGCCUCUGGAGGAGGGGGAGGGUAUUCUGGAGGAGGAAGUGGUACACAUGAGAAGCAAGCCGGUGGGGGAGGUGGUUCGUAUUGCAGUGGAUCAAGCUGCAUUGGAAAAACUGGUGGAAACUCUAAUGACAASGGUUUUGUUCAAAUAUACUAUUUGGAUACGCGCCAUAGUAAAUAAAGUCCAUCAGUAUUGAUUAUCAGGACAUACUUGCAAAGAAACAAUAUUGGCAAAUGGUAGGUUAUUCCAUGUAGAUUCACUUUGAGUYGAGUGUUCGACGGUAAACAUUUCAUGCAGACUCAAAAAAGUAUUAAUUCCCGUUCUCCAGUCUGAAUAAAUCCAUGUAAUCAUAAUUGGCUAUCAGGSGAUAUAGGAAUUAAUUUUUGUCGCCUCUGAGGCUAUCAUUUGGUGAAAAUAUACAAAAUUGCUAUUAUGAAAAUUGGCUUGAAAUGAAAUGAUCUUGAAAUGAUCAAAAAAAAAAAAAAAA